GACUAAGCCUCCUCCGCAGAGGAGCGCUGCUCUGCCGCUCCCGGCGAUGGGCGGAGAGGGAGGCUCCGCGUCCGCCGGCGGGACAGGUCUGAGCAGAGCCCCGCGGCGCCCUUCCUGGGCGGGAGGAGAGGGAGCCUCCCUCCGGGAGUAGCGGAGAAGAGAAGAGGAGGAGGAGAGCCAGGAGAAGCGCUGAGGAGGCUGGAGGAGUCCAUGUCGGGCCCGCGCAGCGCCUUGCAGGCCUGGUGCCGCCGCCAGUGCGAGGGCUACCCCGGCGUCGAGGUCCGGGACCUCAGCAGCUCCUUCCGCGACGGACUCGCCUUCUGCGCCAUCCUCCACCGGCACCGGCCCGACUUGCUGGACUUUAAUUCACUUUCUAAGGAGAAUGUGUACGAAAACAACCGCCUGGCAUUUGAAGUGGCCGAGCAGGAGCUGGGGAUCCCUGCCCUGCUGGAUCCCAGCGACAUGGUCUCCAUGAAGGUCCCCGACUGCCUCAGCAUCAUGACUUAUGUGUCUCAGUAUUACAACCAUUUUAACAAUCCCAACCAAGCUAGAAUCCCUCCAUCUCUGAAGCGCCCAGCAGGUGCCUCUGCGCCCACCCUGCCAGCUCAUGAGUCUACAUCUACAUCUGAGACUACAUCUGCACCCCAGAAUGAUGUUGCUGAAGGCCUGGCAGAGCAGUCCCAACGUACCACCCUUAGCAGCACUUGCGCAGCUUGCCAACAACAUGUUCACCUGGUCCAGCGCUAUCUGGCUGAUGGAAAGCUCUACCACCGUCAGUGCUUCAGAUGUAAGGAAUGCUCCAGCACCCUUCUCCCUGGAUCUUAUAAGCCUGGACCUGAAUUGGGCACAUUUGUAUGCACCCAACAUCGUGGGAAACUGGGCCUGAGUGGGAGAGCUGAGCGGAGGCCGAGUCCAGAUCUUCAAUAUGUAAAGGAAAGCAAAGAGCCUGGGAUGGUGACUGCUGGUGCAGAGGAAGAGAAUGGAAUAUUAGAGACUAAUCCAUCAGCUAUAGAAGAGAGAGACAAAGAGGGAAAAGCAGUUGACAAACUGGAAGCAGAGACUGAGGUGCCUCUUGCUCAGCCAAAGAAUGAAACACUUGCAUCUGAUCCUGUCUCUGAGCCUUCCUCUCAAAUGCCUCCCAAGCCCCCUGUGCCAGCAAAGCCUCCAAUGUUUAUCCAGGAGAAAGCUAAGCUCAUGGAGACUCGCCCCACUCCUGCCCCCCGGAAGAGCAUAGACACUACAACUCUGUCACCACCAAACUCUCAUCCUGUUCCAAGGCCCAGAGCCAAUAUCCAGACUGACAGCUGCAGUGAGCCAGGAUCUGGCAUGGUCAAUGGUAGGCCUUCUGACCCCUGUCCUCCAGUUCCGAAGCCCAGAGGCAGGCCAGCAUCCUCAGAACGAACUGGAGAGUCACCAAAGCCAAAGGACCCUCCAUGGAUUGCAUUGGUUCAGGGGGAGCCCAAGAGGAAGCCUGCUCCUCCCCCACCAGGUGGUAGCAAGGAGAGUCCACCAAGGGCUUCAGAAGAGGAUGAAGAUGUUGCAGAGGAAGGGAAGGCACAAGGGAGAAAAAGCAGGCCCACUACAAGGGAAUCAAAGCCCUACAACCCUUUUGAGGAUGAGGAAGAGGAGGAAAUAGAAGAAGAGGAGGGGUUUGCCACACCACAGAAUGUUUCAAAGCCAGAGCAGGCUGAGGCUGAGACCUCAAGGGUUGCUCACCCCUGGUACGGUAUCACCCCCACCAGUAGUCCCAGAACAAAGAAGCGUCCAGCACCAAAGGCUCCCAAUGCUUCCCCACUUGCUCACCAUUCCAUCUCUAGAAUUUCCCGAUCAGAGCCAUCUUCUUCCACCCCAUCUCCUGCUCUCAGCCUGGAGAGUAUCGCCUCUGAGUGUUUGGUCAAGGCAGCUGAAAACUUGGAGGAGAUCUCUGUGCCCAAGAGCUCCUCUGAGCCUAUGGUCCAUGCUCCACCUGCUUCCAGCUUGAACCCCCCACUUGCCAACAUCUCCUCCAAUGAGGGCACUGCAGCUCUGCCCAGUGGCUCCACUGUCUCUUCCUUAUCCUCAUCUAGUGAGUUGGCUGAUUCUGGCAAUGAGGUACCAGUGGGGAAUUUACAGACUACCAAUAGCUGCUCAGCUGGGAACUUGAAAACCAGCUCUGAGCAAGCCUCACCCAAGCCCCUGGCAGGUGCCACUCCCACGCCUAUCCUUUUGGUCUCGGAUCUGAAUAGCGGGGCUGCCAGGAACUCUCCUUCGCCCAAAGCACAGCCAAAGUCAUCUUGUAAAGAGAAUCCCUUCAACCGGAAGCCGUCACCUGUUGCCUCCCCCUCCAUUAAGAAAAAUCCCAAAGGACCCAAGCCAGCGAGGCCUCCUGCUCCUGGACAUGGCUUUCCAUUAAUCAAACGGAAGGUUCAAUCAGACCAGUAUGUCCCUGUGGAAGAUAUCUAUGGUGAGAUGGACAGCAUUGAGCAACAGCUGGAUGAGUUGGAGCACAGAGGAGUUGAGCUAGAACGAAAACUUCGCAGCAUGGAGAACGAGGCACCUGAAGAUGGUUUGCUGGUAGACUGGUUUAAACUCAUCCAUGAGAAGCAUAUGCUGGUACGACGGGAAUCUGAACUCAUCUACAUUUUUAAGCAACAAAACUUGGAGCAGCGGCAGGCUGAUGUGGAGUUUGAGCUGCGGUGCCUUCUCAAUAAACCUGAGAAAGAGUGGACGGAUGAUGACCGGGUGAGGGAGAAGGUGUUGAUGCAAGAGCUUGUGACCAUUAUUGAGCAACGUAAUGCCAUAGUCAACUGUUUGGAUGAAGACCGGCAAAGAGAGGAAGAAGAGGACAAAAUGUUGGAAGCAAUGAUUAAAAAGAAAGAAUUUCACAAGGAAACUGAUGCUGAUAACAAGAAAAAAGGGAAAUUCAAGCCCAUGAAAGUGCUGAAGCUCCUUGGGAACAAAAACGAGUCAAAGAGCAAGUCACCCAAGGAGAAAAGCUAAAGCGUGUGGCAGCCAGAAGCAGGAGAGGGCUGUUAUUGCUCUCUGACUGCCUCUGCCCUGUUCAGCUGGGCACUUGGCAAACAGGACUUGCUGCCUCCAGCUUGCUGUCCUUCUAAGAGGUCAUGGCUCGCCAUACAUGAACGCUGGCUUUUCCCUGGAGAAAGAUGGUCACCUUCCAGCAAUAGGUGCUCCUCCGCCUUAAGAAGCAGGGGGUAAAGGUGGGAUAAUGGCAAGCCCAGUCAGCACUGAAAAUUAUGGAGGGCAAAUGUGAAGGAGAAAGUCGCUGGUCUCUUUUAGCCUCAGGGAGGGGUGAGGGCGAGGAAGAGGUGAAAUCAUGUCUGACUUCCUCAGUUGCGCACAUGUUCUUUUCAUGGUUCUGAGCAAUCCAGGAUUUGGGUGGCUCUGGGAAACUUGCACUAAUUGUCUCCCUUCUCUAACUGUGAUAAUCACAUGUGCCUGACAUUAUGAAAACCCUUUACAGCAGUCACAGAGGGUGGGAUUCUGUUUUCCCGCUCCGAAUGUACUUUUACUUGUGUGUCAAAAAACAAAAAUAAUUUUGAAAAACCUUGGGGCUUUCAGAGUAGGAUUAUUUAUUUUAUUGACGGCUUAAAACUGUUAAAACUUCAAAGAGUUUGCAGAAAACACCUCAGUGUCAUAAUGGCUUAUAGAAACAGCCAAAAUACCAGAAUCCAUUCUAAAAUGUCCCACUUUUAGAAGCCUUCUGCACAACCAAAGGUAAUGUACAGUGAAUGCUGGACCUCUUGGGAAACCAUUUAGCAAAAUGAGUUAAUACAACGCUCACUGCGCCUUAUAAACCCUCUUGGUUGCUGCUGCUAAUUUCAUCUAUGGUGCUCCUUGAGGGAUGCAGGAAGCUGGGAAAGGAUCAAAUAUUCCCUGUCCGCUGUUAGGCAUUAGAAGAUGCACUCAAUGCCAACCUGGCUUGUUUGCCUUGCUCACCAGUGCCACCCUUCACUCAUUUGGGGGCAUCUCCACUGCUCCUUCCCCAGCUUGGUCUGUAGAUACUUUUCUAAAAAUGCAAAGACAGUGCUUUCUGUUAUUUUCUUAGCAGACUUGUAAAUCCCUCUACCCCACUCCCAGCUUUCUUUUGAUUUUGGUAUAUGUAUGUUGCUCUGUGUGUGUGUGUGAAGAAGAGAGAUGUGUCUUUCUUCCUUUCUUUCUGCCUUCUCCUCUGCGCUGAGGAGCUAUUUAUUGAAAUGUUUGUUUGGUCUGAGUUAAAACACUGAUAGUAUUGUAGAUGUUGGUUAGUCAGCUGUUAGUCUUGAGUUCUUGUGAGCCGAGUAGACUACCAGCCCAGAGCAAAUUGCUGUGCUGCCUUAUCCAGAUACAAUGAAUAUCUUGGCCAGGCCCUGGCUAUGACACUCACUCCAGACAAUUCCAGAAGGGGAUUUAGCUUGACGGGUGUUGCCAGCUCUGGCCAGGGCCAUGUUCUCAGCCCCUAAAAGUGAAUGUCAACCGUCAGUAUGUUCCCACCCUCCACAGCAAGGUCAUCCCGGGGUUCAAUCCCAAAGCACAACUUUCCCUUUUGCUCUUUUAAAAAAACCAAGGUUCCAAAAUACCAUCAGAUUUACUCCAAUCAGAAAUACCCACCAGACUUUGGUGGACAGAAUGACACUGUAAUAACUGCAGUUUUCACUAGCAUGCAGGGAACAAAGACAUUAAAUGGAACAAUUGUACUGAG